AUGGAUGAGGCCGAGUCCGGCGAUGCUGGUCAGAGAGACAGAUGGGCCAAGUACAUGCGGUACGGGGCUCGUCAAGAUCAACUGGCCGCCACUGUGGCGCCGACCGUCAUCGUUCUAGAGUCGGACGAGGACGAAGAAGUGGUGGAGGUGGUGAUAGAGCGUCGCCUCAAGCGUCAACUAGGAGGUCUCUCUCUCUCUCUCCAAAAAAAAGGAGGUCUCGAUUUACCUGCUCUGACCCUCCAAAGCCCAACGCCGGAGCCGUCCGCCCGUGGUAGGACAAAGGAGAUGUCGUCGGCGGCGCAGCAGCUGCCGCGGACGGAGUCGCGGACGCUGUCGGGGCACGAGGGCGCGGUGCUCGCCGUUCGCUUCAACCACGACGGCAAGUACUGCCUGAGCUGCGGCAAGGACCGCACCGUCCGCCUCUGGAACCCCCACACCGGCGCCCACGUCAAGACCUAUAAAUCCCACGGUCGCGAGGUUCGCGACGUGAACGCGUCCUCGGACAACGCCAAGCUGGUGUCGUGCGGCGGGGACAAGCAGAUCUUCUACUGGGAUGUUGCCUCCGGCAAAGUCAUCCGCAAGUUCCGCGGCCACAACAGCGAGGUCAAUUCAGUGAAGUUUAAUGAGCACAACACUGUUGUACUGUCAGCUGGUUAUGAUCUUUCGGUGCGUGCAUUUGACUGCAGGUCACAGAGCAGUGAUCCGAUUCAGACAAUUGAUACUUUUCAAGACAGUGUAAUGUCAGUUAAUGUAACCAACACCGAAAUAAUUGCUGGCAGUGUUGAUGGUACUGUCCGAACAUUUGAUAUUCGCAUGGGCAGGGAGACUGUCGAUAACCUGGGUCAUCCUGUCAACUGUAUAUCUUUGUCGAAUGACCGCAAUUGCCUCUUGGCUAACUGUUUGGAUUCUACCGUGAGGCUUCUUGACAAGAACUCUGGGGAAAUGUUACAAGAGUACAAGGGCCAUAUAUGCAAGUCCUUCAAGAUGGAUUGCUGCCUGACCAAUGAUGAUGCAUUUGUUAUCGGCGGAUCCGAGGACGGGUUUGUUUUCUUCUGGGAGUUAGUGGAUGCACCUAUUGUUGCGACUUUCCGAGCACAUAGCUCUGUGGUUACCAGCGUCACUUAUCACCCAACAAAGACCUGCAUGUUGACGUCAUCUGUCGAUGGGACCAUUCGUGUUUGGACCUGAAGAUAGAAAUUGCUGAUGUGUGUUAUCUCUACUGAUGCGCCUAUGACAGUGUUCUUCGUAUCAUCCAUCUACUCCCUCUGUCCGGAAAUACUUGUCAUUGAAAUGGAUGUAUCUAGAUGUAUUUUAGUUCUAGAUACAUCCAUUUUCAUCCAUUUUGAUGACAAGUAAUUCCGGACGGAGGGAGUAUGUAGUUUCAAGGACUCAGAAGCAUAAUGUGUACUACUCCAUGUGACAUGCUGACAUGAGAACAGACUCAAGGAUUCAGAUGCGCAAUCCCUUUUUGAGAAACGUUGUUGCUACUAUGUUGUACUGACUCCAUGGAUAUGUAGUAUAUAUCUUUACCUCUUUAUCUU